UUUCCUCCUACUGCUCUGCCUUGCUUCCUCGAGCGAGCGAGUCCAAAAAAAAAAAAGCUACAAAUUUUUAUAGUUUGCUUCUUCGAUCUGUGGCCUCAUCUUGCUCUCCUCAGUCUCAAACAAUUCGCCAUUAGAGAACCCCAACGAGCACAUUUUUUUUUUGUCUUGGGGUUGCUUGCCAAGAGGGGAUAAGACUUGCCCACAUUUGCCUAUGUUUUAAAAUGUUGGUCUUGUGAGGUGGGUUUUCAUGGGUUGAACUUAAUACUAUAAUGGAUAGCUUCGGUGAAGAUGAUGAAAAUGGAUUUUUUGAUGCCCAAGAAGACAUUGCAUCGGUUUCUGAUGCAAAUUCUGACAGCUUUGAUUCGAAUUCGCAUUCCAACAGCUGGGUUCCGGAUAAUUUACUCUACGAUGUUUGGAACAGGAGCCCAGGAAGUGUCAAGGAGCGUAGGGAUAGUUUUUUUAAGUGGAUGGGGUUGGAUUCCAACCAAGUUGGGAUGGGUUAUAUUUCAGAAACAGAGAUUGACAGAGUGAGUGAGGAGAGUGAAGCUGUGUUGAGAAGUUCAGGUUUUGAGAAUGAGUUCUAUUCAAGUCGAUCUUUGAUGUCAUGUGGAUCUUGUACUAGCUAUAAUUUUUUGGAUGGUACUGGUUCAAAAGAGGACUUUGUUUGCAGAGAUGGAAAUUUUGGUGGUGCAGUAGAGUGUAAUGUGGAGGAAGUGCAAGUGGGGCAGUGUGAGAAGAGGAGUGAAGGUGGGGAAGAUGGCUUGGGGCAGUUGGUGUCUACUGCUGAGUCUUGGAGUUGCUCUGGCUCAUCUCCUAAUUUGUCACAAAAAAUGAGGGAUUCGAGCAUUUUCGAGGGACCAAUGAAGACUCUUAAAAGCAGGUGGUUGAAUAAAUUACGAUCCAUGACUUGCAUUGUUGAUAGCCAAGGAGAUGCUGAUAAACUGAGACCAAACCAUGUAGAUGCAUAUCUACGGUCAAGGGCUCAAAGAGUGAAGGUUCGCCAAUGCAGCAAGCAAUCAAAGGAACUCUCAGCUCUUUAUAUGGGGCAAGAUAUUCAAGCCCAUGAAGGUUCUAUUUUGACUAUGAAAUUUAGUCCCGAUGGGCAGUACCUUGCUAGUGCUGGUGAAGAUGGAGUUGUAAAAAUUUGGCAAGUGGUAGAAGAUGAGAGAUCCAAUGAGGUUGACAUUCCAGAAUUGGACCCCUCCUGCGUGUACUUCACAAUGAAUCAUAUGUCAGAAGUGAAACCGCUAAAAGUGGAUAAAGAUAAAAUGGGCAGAUCAGCAAGCUUGAGGAAGACAUCAGACUCGGCUUGUGUUAUUUUUCCGCCUAAAGUAUUUCGAAUAUUGGAACAACCAUUGCACAAGUUCGAGGGUCACUGUGGGGAGAUCUUGGACCUUUCCUGGUCAAAGAAUAAUUAUCUCUUGUCAUCAUCUGUUGACAAAACCGUCCGAUUAUGGCAAGUGGGCUGUGAUAAUUGCCUCAACGUUUUUUCCCAUAGUAAUUAUGUGACCUGUGUUCAAUUUAAUCCUGUGGAUGAUGAUUACUUCAUCAGUGGUUCAAUAGAUGGGAAAGUUCGUAUCUGGGGAAUUUCUCAUUCUCAAGUUGUUGAUUGGACUGACAUAAGGGAAAUAGUCACUGCAGUGUGUUACCAACCUGAUGGCAAGGGAGGAAUUGUUGGUUCAAUGACUGGGAUUUGUCGCUUUUACAACAUAUCAGAUAAUCGAUUACAUUUGGAAUCUCAAAUAUGCUUGAGCAACAAAAAGAAGUCGCCGUGCAGAAAGAUAACUGGCUUCCAGUUUUCUCCGCAAGAUUCUAGAUUAGUCAUGGUCACUAGUGCUGAUUCACAAGUCAGAGUUCUUCGAGGGCACAAUGUGGUCGGAAAGUACCGUGGGCCACGCAAUUCGGGAACCCAGAUAUCUGCAUGUUUCACAUCGGAUGGAAAGCGUAUAGUCUCCGCGUGUGAAGAUUCCAAUGUAUAUGUAUGGAGUUGCUUUAAUCAGGAAGAAACUGUUCUCUCUCAAACGAAAAAAGUUAGGUCUUGUGAGCGUUUUUCCUCCGAUGCAUCUGUUGCAAUACCCUGGUGUGGUUUUAAAGGUGGAAAUUCAGACAGUGGAAGUCCAUUUCACAUUGUGGACAAGUGUGUGUCAGAAACUCCAUUGCUUUCUUCACUAGAAAGUUUUUCGUUAAGCCAAGAAUUCUUCUUGGAGUCUUUUCCCAAGGCAUCUGCAACUUGGCCUGAGGAAAAGCUUCCAAUAUCAAUUCCUCAGGCCAAAGAAUCUGCAAUGCACAAGUCUCAACUGAAGUUUCUGAAAGUUUCUUGCAAGAACAGAUUUAGUUCUCAUGCAUGGGGUAUGGUCAUUGUUACUGCAAGCUGGGAUGGGCGUAUCAAGUCAUUUCACAAUUAUGGUUUACCAAUUCAUCAUUGACAUUCUUUGGUUUGGCAUGGCUUUUAAGACAUUCUUUUACUCUUUCAUUGGGUACCUUACUUGCGGUGCCUCUCUUUUGCUGGCUAGUGCUUCAAACAUCAUGUACAAAGGAUUGAAAAUUGAUUUUGGGGCAGCAUCAAUAGCCACAGAAAGGUUUCUUAGUACCCAUUAUAGUAGGCAACAGGCAUGUGCAGUGUGUAGACAAUCUUGAGAAUUUUGGGUCUUUUUUUUUUCCUUCUCCAAUGGGGUCCCUUCUCAGAUUUCUCGGGUGCCGAGGUCAAAUUAAGUCGUGGCAAGUGUCAGCAAUUACAUGAUUUGUUAAUCCAUCUCUGUAUCAGCAAGUGGCUGAGGUUAGUUCUUCUGGAUAAUCAGCCAAUAUUAUGAUCAUAACUUUUUUUGCCAGUUGAUGGGUUUUUCAUUUCGACUAUUUCCGAGCCCACAAGAAUUAGACUUAAAGCGUUUUGCUUGGAGAGUACCAAACUGAUGCAGGGCAGUAGUAGGGCCUUGUAAAACCUCUUUCUUUUGUUCUCUUAAGAUCAGAUGGAAUCCAAGCUGGUGGUAGGAGUUUCUUUGAGGAGAAAUGGUGGGGAACUUUGGCCAUUACCUAAUGUGGGCUGGUCUGAAUGAUUAAUAUGUUUGUCUGCCAUUUCUGAUCACUCUCAUGGUGGGACCUGAGCUACAUAAGGUUUUGGUUCUGGGGCUGUGUAAGGAUAUCAUAUCCAUCUCUCUCAUGGCUGACUUCUUUAAAUUCAUUAGGCCAUUUUCACUUGUGAGAAGAAAACUUCUGGUUUUCAGAGCAAUUAACUGCUACUGCUGCAUAUCCAUGGCUGACCUCUGCUUUACCUUGAGCAUUGCCUAACAUAGUUAUUUUGUAUGCAUGUAUUUACUCAGUUAUAGGUUUAGUCUAACAUCCUUUUUUAUUUUUAUUUUUUUCAAUAAAUAGAUAGAAAAGUCCAUAUAUAUAUAUAUAUAUGAUAUUUCAUAUUUGUAAUUGUAAUUUUGUGGAGUAAAAUAAAAUAUCCCAUUCAGCU